AUGCGUGUGAAUUUUCCGCUUCUCAUUCGCUCCACCACAACGUGCAAAAAUGCUGCUGUUGAAAAUAUAAAAACGAGUGGGGGAAUUGCUGCCGAUCUGUACUUGGAUCCAUCGAAAUGGCAGCGUUUGAAGCCCGACCAAAUUUUUGGUCUUUACAGGGAAAGAAUGGUGAAGUUGGGCUCGCAAUACAAACCUUGCAAAGAAGAGCUGAAUGCACUACUGUCCACAUCAGAACAUACGGGAGUUCCUGCUGCAUCCAUCCGCUCUUUGUACUAUGGCGGAGAACAAGCUGCUCACAGUCUUGCAGGGAGCAACAUUCAAAACGACUACCGUCCCACGCCGUUCAUGUUUGACGAUUUGCCCUCUCAAGCGCAGAAUUUGGUUCAACAACAUCGUGAGCAAAGGUUUUACAACAGGCUGGCAGCUUACGAGCUUCCUACUCUAGUACAGUACCGGCAAGAAUACAAGAGACCUUCGCAACGUACUAACCCAGUCACAUACCGCUACACUACCUACGUUGGUGAAGAUCAUCCAAAUUCACGGAAAGUGGUGCUCAGCUUGAAAACCAAAGACCUGGAGCUCAACGACAAGGAAACUCACAAAUUUCGUCUGUUGGCACGCACGCGCUACGAUCAUCUCACAGACGUUUUCAAGAUGUCUUCAGAUAGGUAUCCAGAAGCUGCUCAAAAUGCACGCUACUUGAGUGAUACACUACAGGCCCUCAUCAAAGAGGCCAAGAAUUUGGAAGAUGAUUUUGCAGAUGUUCCUUUGGACACCAGACACAUUACAGCCAAAAAUUUACGUAAAAACACGCGGAAUUAUAAGUUCCCCGAGGAAUGGAAGCGGCCGCAAGACGCGCCAAAGGAGCUGGUAAACCUAACAGAUUUGAUUCAGGAACAGCUUCAGAAAUAG